AUGGACGAAUACGCUAGGCUCGGGCACAUGCGGAAGGUUGAAGAUUUUGCCAAAGAGACGGUAAAACGGUGUUAUCUGCCUCAUCAUCCGGUGGUCAAGGAGGCCAGUACCACCACCAAGGUGAGAGUUGUCUUCGACGCUUCCUGUAAGACAUCGUCUGGAGUAUCCCUAAACGAAGCACUUCUGGUUGGGCCUGUUGUGCAGGACGACUUAAGAUCUAUCAUCCUACGAAGCCGAACCAAACAGAUACUUCUCGUAUCAGACGUAGAAAAAAUGUUCCGACAAAUCCUUAUUACGCCGACGGAUCGAGCUUUGCAGACCAUUCUCUAUCGAUUCACGCCCGACGAGGAAGUUGCGGUGUAUGAGCUUAACACCGUGACGUAUGGAACAAAAUCAGCCCCCUUCCUUGCAACUCGUACGUUGCAGCAGUUGGCAACUGACGAAGAAGUUCGUUAUCCACUCGCAGCAAAAGCAAUCCUCGAGGACGUCUAUAUGGAUGACGUCAUCACUGGGGUGAACGACAUAAGUACGGCCAUUUCUCUCAGAAUUCAACUGACGAGGAUUAUGGAAAGUGGAGGAUUCAGGCUGAGAAAGUGGUCCUGUAACGUUCCUGCAGUUUUAGAAGGUGUACCAACUGAAGACUUGGCCAUUCAGGACAAUACUGGAGUAGAUUUGGAUCCCGAACAAUCAGUGAAAACUUUAGGCCUCACUUGGAUGCCCGCUUCCGAUACCCUCCGGUUUCAGUUCCAAGUUCCACCAUUAGAUUUGGGUAGCCCACUAACAAAACGGCAAAUCCUAUCGCUUAUCGCAACGCUCUUCGAUCCUCUCGGUCUGAUUGGCGCCACAACAGUGUCGGCGAAAAUCUUUAUGCAGCUAUUGUGGACGCUGCGCGAUGCAAACGGCGAUCGAUUGGGCUGGGAUCAACCAGUACCGUCUACGGUGGGUGAGGCGUGGCAAAAAUUCCACGGAAAACUGGAUUUUCUAAACCAAAUUCGAGUUGAUCGUUGUGUUCUAAUCCCAAAUGCUGUUUCGGUGGAAUUACACUGUUUCUCGGACGCUUCCGAAAAAGCAUAUGGUGGUUGCAUCUACGUAAGGAGCCAAGACGUGAACGGAACAAUCCAUGUUAGACUACUAUCUUCUCGAUCCAAGGUGGCUCCCCUUCGAAGUCAGUCAAUCCCACGGCUUGAGCUCUGCGGCGCGCUUUUACUAUCGCAAAUGUAUGAAACCGUCCGGAACUCCAUAAAGAUGCCGGUUCCGACAUUCUUUUGGACAGAUUCGACAUGUGUUUUGCGUUGGAUUGCAGCACCACCGACGACAUGGACCACAUUCGUUGCCAAUAGAGUGGCAAAAAUCCAAACCUUAACUGAAGGAUGGAAUUGGAAGCACGUUCGUGGCGUAGACAACCCUGCUGACCUCAUUUCUCGUGGAAUGUUGCCGGAUGAAAUUGUCCAUAACGAUCUCUGGUGGAAGGGCCCUAAUUGGCUGCAGAAUGUACCUGAAAUGUGGCCAAGUGAAACUACAGAAGACUCAAGAGAGGGAGAAGAAGAACGGCGGCGAACUGCCGUUGUAUGCACUUUGUCAUCCGUUGGUGAAUUUAACGAUUCAUACCUCAGUAAGUUUGGAUCAUUCACUGAUCUGAUUCGGCGAGCAGCGUACUGGCUAAGGUUAAUGAAACUACUUCGCUCAUCCAAAGACAAACGUCAUAGAAGCGGUUUCCUGUCAACUUCAGAGUUGAAGGCGGCCGAGCAUACUAUAAUCCGAAACAUUCAGCGAGAAGUCUUCGAUGAAGAAAUAAAAGCCCUGAAAAAGAAUGAAUCUGUAUCACGAAAAUCCCCAUUACGGUGGUUUCACCCUUAUGUCGAUGAGGAAGGAAUUAUGAGAGUGGGUGGACGAUUGAAGAACUCUAGAGAAUCCGAGUCUACCAAACAUCCCGCAGUUCUACCGGCUCGUCACCAGUUUACCCGAAUGCUGUUGAAACACUAUCAUGAGCGACUUAUGCAUGCAGGGCCACAAUUACUCUUAGGAGUUGUCCGUCUCCAGUACUGGCCACUAGGUGGUAGGAAUGUAGUCCGACAAAUAGUACACCAGUGCAUCAGAUGCUUUAGGACCAAACCUUCCACAAUCCAACAGUUCAUGGGCGAACUGCCUUCCUCUCGUGUAACUGUUUCACGGCCGUUUUCCAAAACAGGUGUAGAUUAUUUUGGACCUGUUUAUAUCCGGCCAGCUCCAAGACGUGCUGCUGUGAAGGCUUACGUGUCGCUGUUUAUUUGUAUGUGUACAAAGGCGGUACACUUGGAGCUUGUGUCUGACCUUUCGACGGAAAAAUUUCUGCAAGCCUUACGUCGAUUUGUAGCACGCCGCGGAAGACCUUCAGAUAUCUACUCUGACAACGGCACAAAUUUUGUUGGAGCCAGGAACAAGUUAUCUGAACUUUUCAAAUUAAUGAAGGACCGUGAACACCACGACCAAAUCACAUCUGAACUCGCCGGAGAUGGAAUUCAGUGGCAUUUCAAUCCCCCUAGCGCGCCACAUUUUGGAGGGCUUUGGGAGGCAGCAGUCCGAUCUGCUAAAACCCACUUGCUGAAGGUUAUCGGAGAGAAUGUUAUUGCAGCAGAAGAUUUUGGCACCCUUCUAUCGCAAGUUGAGAGCUGCCUAAACUCGCGUCCAUUAACACCAUUGUCAGAUGAUCCGGAUGACCUAGAACCAUUGACUCCAGCACAUUUUCUGGUGGGCUCAUCGUUGCAAGCUAUCCCUGAAGUCGAAUUGCUAUCCAUUCCAUCAAACCGUUUGAACAACUACCAGUUCAUACAACAGAAGCUGCAGCAAUUUUGGGUCCGAUGGCGACAAGAAUAUUUAUGUCAGCUUCAAGCUCGAACCAAGCGUUGGAAGCCAGCAAUAACCGUACAGAAAGGUCAGCUUGUCGUCAUUCGGGAUGAAAAUCUUCCACCGAUCCGUUGGAAAAUGGGUAGGAUUGUAGCUGUGCAUCCUGGCGACGAUAACGUUGUAAGAGUCGUGACCUUGAAGACUGCAGCUGGCGAAUUGAAGCGUCCAGUGGAGAAAAUUUGUGUUUUGCCUACGCCGGACAACCAAGAAGAGGAUUCAUCCGAUGCAGUUUCACCAAUUCCAAUUCCGCAACCCUAA